CUCACACCACGCAGGCCCGGGGCUGGGGUCACGCUGACGGGAGGUCACUGCUGAACCGGAACGCUUCCGAUGUUUUAGCACGUUCAGAGCGACCGGAGCGGUUCGGAGAACUUCAGCACACGCAGCAGCGACCACGUUUUCGGCAACAGAGUUCCUGCGGCUCCGAGAGGUGCGGUCCUUCCGAAGCUUUUGCCUGUUGCUGGAAAUAAAAUCCGCUCCGGAAGAAGCGCACCGGCUGCCCGGAGGUGCGGCGGCGGCGGCGCGGCCCGGGUGCCGCUCUGUGCGGAACGAGCGGUGGAACAACCCCGCCCUCGCGGCUUGGAGCGGGGCGGCCGCCGCGGCGGCCCCUCCUCUGAGCGCCCCCGGGCCGCGGGCAGGUGAAGCGCGGAAACGCCGGGGGACGCCUUGCGCGACCCGCUCCAGGGCGCGUCACCUCCGCUCCCGCGCGGCGCCUCACGGGCCCAGCCGUUGCCGUUGCCGUAGUGACGGAAGCCGCCUCCGCCUCUUCCGCCUUCGCAUGGCGCCGUCUCUUCCGGUCCGGGGUGUAAUAUGGGGACAAUACACCUGUUCCGCAAACCACAGAGAUCAUUGGUUGGAAAGUUAACACAUGAGUUUAGGCUGGUUGCAGCAGAUAGGAGGUCCUGGAAGAUUUUGCUGUUUGGUGCUAUAAAUUUAAUAUGUAUUGGCUUCCUGCUAAUGUGGUGCAGCUCUACAAACAGCAUAGCUUUAACUGCUUACACGUAUUUGACAAUCUUUGACCUUUUCAGUUUGGUAACAUGUCUAAUAAGCUACUGGGUAAUGAUGAAGAAACCCAGCCCAGUCUAUUCAUUUGGGUUUGAAAGGUUUGAAGUUCUAGCUGUAUUUGCAUCCACAGUUCUGGCACAGCUUGGUGCUCUUUUUAUACUGAAAGAAAGUGCAGAGCGGUUUCUGGAACAACCUGAGAUCCACACGGGGCGACUGCUGGUUGGUACUUUCGUGGCUCUCUUUUUCAACUUAUUUACAAUGCUUUCCAUUAGGAAUAAGCCUUUUGCUUAUGUCUCUGAAGCUGCCAGCACAAGUUGGCUUCAAGAGCAUGUUGCAGAUCUUAGUAGAAGUAUUUGUGGAAUCAUCCCAGGAUUGAGUAGCAUCUUUCUGCCACGAAUGAACCCUUUUGUCUUGAUUGAUAUUGCUGGAGCUCUGGCUCUUUGCAUUACAUAUAUGCUCAUUGAAAUCAACAAUUAUUUUGCUGUAGACACAGCCUCUGCGAUAGCAAUUGCUUUGAUGACAUUUGGUACCAUGUAUCCCAUGAGUGUCUACAGUGGGAAAGUGUUACUCCAGACAACCCCACCUCAUGUGAUUGGCCAGUUAGAUAAACUUCUUAGAGAGGUUUCAACUUUGGACGGAGUCUUGGAAGUUCGAAAUGAGCAUUUCUGGACGUUAGGUUUUGGCACUUUGGCCGGAUCAGUACACGUCCGAAUUCGGAGAGAUGCAAAUGAACAAAUGGUACUCGCCCAUGUCACUAACAGAUUAUACACGUUGGUCUCUACCUUGACUGUUCAGAUUUUCAAAGAUGACUGGAUCAGACCUACCUUAUCAUCUGUGCCUAUUGCAAACAAUAUCCUGAACCUUUCGGAUCAUCAUAUUAUUCCAAUGCCACCAUUGAAAGCUGCUGAGAAUUUGAACCCUGUUACAUCCACUCCAGCUAAGCCCAGCAGCCCACCGCCAGAAUUUUCUUUUAAUACACCGGGCAAAAAUGUGAGUCCAGUCGUCCUUUUAAACACUCAGACGAGGCCCUAUGGAUUGGGCUUUAAUCAUGGAUCUGCACCCUACAGCAGUGUACUCAAUCAAGGAUUCGGAAUACCGGGAAUGGGAGCAACUCAAGGAUUCAGAACUGGCUUUACAAACGUCCCGAGCAGAUAUGGAACAAACACUCGUGGGCAACCCCGACCAUAAUAAACACCGUUAUUUAUUGUA